AUGGAUCGGGUGGAGGAGUUUUUGUCGAAACUGAAGGAAUCUGGAGUUGCCCUGACCGAGGUCAUCUUCAAUACCGUGGUGAAUGGCCACUGCAGAGCAGGAAAUGUCGAGAAAGCUCUCUUGACUAUCGAGAGAAUGGAAAGAGAGUGUGUGGGGCCCAGCUGCAUCUCAUACAAUAUGGUGAUCGGAAAAUUCUGUGAACUGGGUCAGAUGGACAGCGCGGACGAGUGGGUCGGGAAAAUGAAGGCGAAGGGCAUUGGACCAAACCUGCAGACGUAUAAUAUCCUUAUGGCCGGCUACGGUCGAAAUUGCCAGUUUGAGGAGUGUUUGCAGAAUCUUCACGAGAUGGAAACCAAUGGUUUGAAGCCCAAUGUCGUCACUUAUGGGUCGUUGAUAAAUGGCUUCUGCAAGAAGGGGCGUCUUAUAGAAGCCGAGGUUAUCUUCAACGACAUGUUGACGAGAGGCGUGCUCUCGAAUGCCCAAGUGUACAACAUGCUCAUACAUGGUUUCUGCUCAGUAGGAAAAAUUGAUGAUGCCUUUAGGGUCUUUAAAGAGAUGUUAAAUAAUAAAGUACUUCCGACCAUUGUGACGUACAAUGCACUCGUGAAGGGGCAGUGCAAUAAAAACAGGCUCUCACAGGCUGAAGAAUUAGCCUUUAGUGUUUCCAAGAAAGGCUUGAGUCCUGAUGCCAUCACUUUCAAUACCUUGAUCUCCGGAUACUCAACCGCAGGUGACCUAGUCAAGUGUUUGGAAUUGUACGAGAAGAUGAAAAUCUUGGGCAUGAAGCCCACGCUGAGCACCUACCAUCCGCUGAUAAGUGUGAGCAAAAAGGACAGGUUGGACCUCGUCGAGAAAUUUGCUCAAGAUAUAUCGAAGUUCAAUUUGUCCCCUGACCGAGUUUUAUACAACCAGCUCGUACAGUGCUACGUACAUCACGGGUACAUUCAUAGAGCUAACCACUUGUGCCACGAGAUGUUGGGUGCGGGCAUUCGUCUGGACAAGAUGACUUACAACAGCUUGAUUACCGGAUGCUUGAAGAAAGGGAAUAUAGGGGCAGCUAGGGAUCUUUUUGAUGGCAUGAUUUCCAGAGGGAUUGCACCCAAUGACGAGACUUUCAACACGUUGAUCGAGGGGUACUGCAAGUUGAGGGAUUUUGACGGGGCUUACAUGUGGUACGAGAAGAUGUUGGGAACUGGGCUUCUGCCACGAGCCUCGAUUUGCAGCAUGCUUCUUUGCGGGCUGAGAGAGGAAGGUAUGUUGGAGCAGGCCGAGAUUGUGAGCUCUCAAAUGAGUGUUAAGGGAGUUGACGAGAGUUCGCGUGAGGAUCUCUCGGCUGCUCGGGUCGCACGAUGA